AUGGCGGCCUCUCUGUCAAAAGACGUAGCGGAACAAGAGGAAAACUUAUGUUGUUAUAUCUGCUUGGAACUGUAUGAUAAACCAAGAACUUUACCUUGUUUACAUUCUUACUGUCAUGUUUGUUUAGUUGGGUACGUUAAACGAGCCUUUGAUGAGGGAAAGCAAACAAUUAAUUGUCCCAUUUGUAGAGCCGACAUAAGACGGAACAGAAGUGUAGUCGCCGGUAAUGCAGAGAAGUGGGUGGAGAAUUUGCCUAUUAAUGUUGAACUAGUUUCCAUUCUAAGCAGCAAGAAAAGGCCGCUCCCAGACGUUGGAUGUAAAUGUGAUCAAUGCCUUAGGCUUAGGGACGAAAUGGAAGCAUCUGCAACCGUCUAUUGUUACGAGUGUUCAGAGAAAUUAUGUGAGAAAUGCAAAGAUAUGCACAAGAAAGUAAAAAUUUCAUCUAUUCAUAGUCUAUGUGAUAUCAACAAACAAGAAGAUGUUGCUAAACUUGAACAUUUAAAAUCACUAACCAGAUGCCCAAAGCACCUGUCUGACGAGGUCCGAUACAUCUGCAAGGAUCAUGACCAAAUGUGCUGUAAUGAAUGCGCAAUUUUGGAGCAUAGAAAAUGCAAUGAAGUGGUGUCUAUUGCCAAAGAACAGGUAGACAUAGGAAGAUCUGUGUAUGGAACAAGUUACAAAUUACAACAGUUGAUCGAAUAUUUGGAGGUAUUAAUUGGUUAUGAAACAAAACACCAGUCAACUGUCAAAGCUUGUAAGACUGAAAUGAAAGAUAAAUUCAAACAAAUAAAGAAGCGAAUUGAUUCAGCAUUCUAUGCAAUGGAGAAAGCUGUCUUUGGCGAAUUUGAGGAGAAAAGUAGCUUAAUUCUUAAGGAAAGUACACUUCAUAAAGAAGAAAUUGGGUCAUUGCAAUCUGAAAUUAAACAUUCACUGGUCGAAAUGGAAACAGCAAAAGAAUGUGGCCAGCCGUUGCAUGUGUUUCUUGUUGACAGAAUCUUACAAAACGAAUUAGCAAAAUUUGAAAAUAGUACAAGUCAAAUACAUGACAAAAUGAGUGAGACAGUUGUUCGUGUGAUUGAAGACAAUAUAUGUAAAGAAUUCGAUCGAAAUAUAGCUGCUUGUCUCAAAAUUAAAAUUGAGCCUUCCGGUUUUGCUGUUCCAUCGAUUCCAAGAAUCUUGAAGUAUAAAUCGUGGUUAGAAGCAACUGAAACAAACGUUCGUCGUCAAACUAAAGCACUUUACCAUUCAAGUAAUACAAAAAGAUACGUACCAGUCAUUGAUCACAGUCGUCCACUAGACAGGAAUAAGAACAAUGAAGAAUCCACAAAACCAGACAUUAAUGUAAGAAAUGUUGUGUUCAAUGGAGCAGAUGAUGAUUUCGGUGAAAUUGAUGAUAAUGAUGCAAGGUUAGAUGACUUGGAAUCCAUAAGGCGUGUGAGCUGCUCGAGGUUACAAAAGAAGGAUAAAAGGAAACAUAGGAAGAACUGAGCUUUAAACGCAUGUUGUGUUAAUCAUGUAAUUAUUGUAAUUUAGUCAUGAAAAAUUGACUACAAACAUGUUAAAUAAUUUCAGUUCAACAAGUAUGUUUGUGCGUGCGUCUUGAAAGUGGAGGAGCAUGAUUCAACUAAUAAGUUUAGAAUGUUUCAGGUAGUUCAUGUAACAUUAGAAAUAAGCCUUUUUGGUACUGUACAUUUCUGUAUACUGUAGUUGAAAUUUACAUGGACAACUUUCUUGCAGCAUCGAAUCUUUGUUGAAUUAGCAAUCACAAUCUUGAUAAAAAUAUCAUGCGUUGUGAAGUGUACAGCCAGUGCAAAUUAUUAAUUGUGCUCAAGUACAUAACUUCAUAAAAAGAACAAUUACCACUUGGUGGUUUCUAGGUCUUAUUUUUUAGUUAUAUGUACAAUAGUUUCCUUACCUUUCCUCAAGUGAAUUUUAGGCUUUAUUAUAGGUAUGUACAGGCUUUCUACAGAGGAUAACUUUUGGAAAGAUCAGUUUUGUUUUUCGACUUUCCAAGAUUGGACAUAGUUUUGUUACCAACUACUUUUUAGCUCGACUAUUCGAAGAAUAGGGGAGCUAUCCUACUCGCCCCGGCGUCGGCGUUAGCGUGAGCGUCACACAAAUGUUAAAGUUUGCGUACCACCCCAAAUAUUUUCAAAGUCCAUUGUGAUAUUGCUUUGAUAUUUUGCAUUCUUGUUUACCAUCAUGACCCAAGUCUGUAAAAAGGAGGAGGCAACUCUAUCAAGCAUUUUGACUGAAUUAUGGCCCCUUUUCGACUUAGAAUAAAUGUUAAAGUUUGCGUACCACCCCAAAUAUUUUCAAAGUCCAUUGAGAUAUUGCUUUCAUAUUUUGCAUACUUGUUUACCAUCAUGACCACUGUCUGUAAAAAGGAGGCGGCAACUCUAUCAAGCAUUUUGACUGAAUUAUGGCCCCUUUUCGACUUAGAAUAAAUGUUAAAGUUUUUGCACCACCCUAAAUAUUUUCAAAGUCCAUUGAGAUAUUGCUUUCAUAUUUUGCAUACUUGUUUACCAUCAUGACCCCAGUCUGUGAAUAGGAGGAGGGAACUCUAUCAAGCAUUUUGACUGAAUUAUGGCCCCUUUUCGACUUAGAAUAUGCUUAUUGUAAUGUUAAAGUUUUACUCAUUGCCUAUAUUAUACUAUCAAGCACUGAGAAUAGUCGAGCGCGCUGUCCACUGACAGCUCUUGUUUAUUAUCUUUAUAGCGAUUGUGUGUAGCAUGUAUGUAUGCUUGUAGUCUUCAAGGUAGUCCUAGCUAUGAAAUUGUUACAGAACAUACAUUUCAGAUUUGAAAAUUGAGAACGAAAGUUGCAAAGUACAGACGUAUUUCAAAUAAGACAAGUGUAUCAGUUUUCAAAAUGCACACUACAAUGUAGUUCGGCAAGUGAAGAAGACGCCAAUGUCGUGCAAAGAAAUUAAAAAUGCGCUCGAUAUCCAGUACGACGCUUUUGGCCGCUCGACUGCAACAUUUAUACAUAAAUGUGUAAUUAGACUAUAUCCCUUGUAAAUAUGACAAAUGUCUGCAUGCUAUUUAAAAUACCCUUUCAUGUAGAUAAGCGUAUCUAUCAAAGCUGUUGGUUCUACUCCAUCUGAUAAUUUCUUUUUCUGUAAGUCCCAUUUUGGAGGAGUGAAAACACAUUUAGCAUGUAAACAUAUGUUUAUCAAAGCAACUUAAUAUUUUGGAUAUUUCUGUCAUUUCCAAUGAUUAUUAUUGAUCACUAUAAACAUAAUGGCUGGAUGUACUACUUUAUGAACAUUUAAUCAACUUGGCUAUUUAGCGUUUUGUUGCAGAUGUUAAGUUUUGACACGGGUAAGAUUUAUUAUGAAAUUACGUUGAUGUCCACGCAAAAAGUACUUGUAUAUGUUAGUAACUAUAGACAAAGUCGGGUUCAGAUAUUAUUUAUCAUGAAACAUACCUGUGUUGGAUGUUAGAUAUGAAAAGGAAGCUGGAUUUCCCUUGUCCUGCAAAUAAAACUUUGAU